AUGGUGUACGGGGGAAAGCCGAGUCGAGGUUGCGCCACGUGCAAAAAGCGAAAGAUAAAAUGCGAUGAAGGUCGACCGACAUGCACGCAAUGUGAGAAGAGCUCGCGAGUUUGCCUGGGUUACAAGGAUGAAUCAGACUAUAUCUUUCGGAACCAAACCGAAAAGGUGACCAACAAGAUUACAAAAACACGAAAGCCGCGAGCAUCCAGGUCUCCUGAUUCGACACUCAGCAAAGAUACCGUGAUAACACACCCGAAGGCUGUUACGUCCAAUGCGCUGAUGGACGUGACGGUCGCCUCAAAGAACCCUCAGUCAAAAUCUUGCACGUAUGACAACAUGGCGCUCAUUCAGAGGCCUUUGCAAGGCAACUUAGCAGCCUCAACAACCAUCUGUCAGCAACCCACUUUCUCGAUCGAGGAAGAAGUCGUCGAUGUAUACUUCAGAAACUUUGCUCGUUUGUACAAAAGUCAAGACACCGUCCGUGGAUUUCUUCCAUUCCUGGCUCCUAUGUACGGCACUUCCUCUAAGGGAUCGUUGUUACGUACUGCGACUCAUGCGGCAGCUCUCUGUGCUAUAUCACAACUACCCGAUCAGAAGCACUUACAGUUCCGUGCAGCCGAUACUUAUGGAAAGGCUAUGCGUAUCGCUGCUGGCGCUCUCCAGGAUCCGAUACAAGCAACAUCGGACGAGACUUUACAAGCGACUUUGUUGUUGUGUACGUACGAGUCAAUAAAAGCUACAGACAACUCCAUCGAGGCGUGGUCAAAUCACGUCGAUGGUGCAAGUGCGAUCGUCCAAGGUAGGGGGAUGCAACAACUCGAGAGCGAGCAAAGCCUGGCACUUUUUCGCGCAGCAAGAACGCACAUGCUCAUCAACUGCAUAAGACAAGGCAAGCCGACCAAACAGCUCGAAGCAGGAAUGAACUGGCUAUGUGAUACCACCGAAGACGACCCACUUGCCUAUCUCACUCACUGCACCAUCGAACUCCCGUCAUUGAUGGAAAAGUCACGACGCGUCUUCGAGCGACAACGCAACGCGGAAAGCAUGGCGGCCAUGGAGGUGUUGAUAGAACGAGCAUGCCAUCUGGAAGCCAGGAUGCAGAAUUGGGCUGCUUCACUGUCUGAUGAGUGGCUGCCAUACACGACCGCCUACAUACCAGAGAAGCCAGCGAACCCCCUUGACGCGGAAGCAUGGGUAGGUCCCGUGCACGCCUUUGUCGACGCGCACAAAGCCAGCGUUCUGAACAAGUUACACUCAUGCCACAUGCUUUCUGCUGCGGUGAUUCUCAACGGAUUAGAAUGGCUUCGACCACACGACUAUCCUAUGGACGAUCGCUACAUACACACACUGUGGAUUGAACAACGCACCGUCGACGAAAUCUGCUCGAGUGUGCCAUUCUUUCUGGGCAUAGGAAAACAGAGAGCGCGCACACCAGAUCAGAUCGAUACGAUCGCUGAUCUGAUUGGUGGUUACUCGCUCAUUUGGCCUCUUCAUGCGGCCGCGAGCUGCCCUCGUAUUUCAAAAGAUCAGUGGCUGUACAUCUAUGGUCGUCUGGCCAAGAUAGCGAAAGAUUGUGGGUUGGAGCAAGCUCUUAUCAUCCCCUUGGACAGAAAGGAACAGUUCGUUCCUGGAGUGUGA